GGCUGAACCCUCAAUGGCCAUACAUGGGAGCGUCGCCAGACGGAGGUGUCACGUGCACCUGCCAUGGAACUGGUAUCUGUGAGAUAAAGUGCCCACACAGAAAACAAGAGGAGGCCAAUCUUCGCCUGUGUGCUGGAGAACAGGGCUUCUGUCUCGUCAACGAUGGGGGCACUGUGAAGCUGGACAGGAGACAUGCCUACUACCAUCAAGUACAGGCUCAGCUCCACCUCGUUGAUGUUGACUACUGCGACUUUGUUGUCUGGACUAAAAAUGACCUCUUUGUAGAGAGAAUUGUGCGUGAUGUGGACCUGUGGGACAACAUCAUUCCCAGAGUUGAGAGUUUCUUCAGACUAUGUGUUCUCCCUGAAGUGUUGGGACAGCAACUUACAAGGGGAAAGCCUCCUCUCCCUGUCUGCUGUUCCAUUUUUCAGUUUCAGUUGCAAGAUGAUCAGGAGGGAGAGAAGGCGGGAUUACCAGCACCUGUGGUCUGUCCUGGUCCCGGAAGUUGUGGUUCUCUCCUUGUUGCAUUAUUAUUACGUGCCGUAGUGGGUGCUGGUGUUUGGGUGUGUGUGGGUGUCUUUUUCUCUCUCCCUCUGAUCUCCCCAGGUGCUCCCAAUCUCCAAUCAGCGCCUCCAUAUAGGACAUGAGGAAGGUUGCAGUCGCUCUCCCCUUAUCUUAAGCUUUGUUUGACAAGUUGGCUGGUGAGCCCUUUUUCGUUGUGUUAAUUAAAAGACCACUUUAUGGCGUCAGAGAUCA